UGGUGGUGUUGAGAGUCUAAUUUAUUGGCUCAGAUAUUUGUGCAGCCACGUCCUCUCUUGCUAACCUCCACCCUCAACGCGGAGCUGUCCAUUGGCACAGGUGCUGAAACGCGUAGGUUCUCAUUCCCUUACAGCGGUGCGAGACUGAGGGUCGAGAGUAAAACAUUUGGAUGAUUGUAUUGACUUUAUCCAUAUAUUUUUGAGACACUUCGGUGGAUAUACAUUGAUUUACUCAGCUUUCAUCAAGAACGCAUCAAAGGUCCACGUUCUGACCCGGUCAGUUAACGGACUCUUAAGAGGGAGAAAGAUGGCUUUUAUGGUGAAACAAAUGGUGGGAGGGCAUGUGAAGAACCUGACCGGGGGUUUGACUGAGGAAAAGCCCGAAGGAGAGAAAUCGGAAGCCGCAGCGGCAGGAAUGACCCAGGAGGAAUUUGAACAAUAUCAACAACAGUUAGAGGAGGAAAAGCAGGAACGAGAUGCUAGUUUUGCCCAGAAGAAAGCUGAGCGGGCAACAGUUAGAAGUCACUUCCGGGACAAAUACAGACUGCCAAAGAAUGAGCUGGAUGACACUCAGAUCCAGCAGGCGGGGGAUGACGUGGAGCUGCCCACAGAGCUAGCCAAGAUGAUCGCUGAUGACAACAAGGAGGAGGCGUCCAAAACGUCUGUCCUGGGCCAGCUGACUAACAUCCAGAAUGUGGACAUGGACCAGCUGAAGGACAAGGCCCAGGCCACGCUGGAAGACCUCAAACAGUCUGCUGAGAAGUGUAAUCUCAUGUGAUCUGGCUGGCUGACUGAAUUCAUGCUCUCUCUCUCUCCCUCCCUUACUCUCUUUAUCUGUACAACAAAGGUUCUGUGUAAGAUAUGAUGUGAUCUAUGAUCAUGUACAAACGUUGAUAGUCAUGUUGCUUUGAAUACACACACAUACAGUCAACACUGCCUCACAUACACAAACAUACUGCAGCAGCUCCUGGCCAAGGAAUCAGAGUAAACACUGUCUAAGCUGUGGGGGAAUCAGAGUAAACACUGUCUAAGCUGUGGGGGAAUCAGAGUAAACAAUGUCUAAACUGUGGGGGAAUGAGAGUAAACACUGUCUAAGCUGUGGGGGAAUCAGAGUAAUAGUAUUAUGCCAAAGACCCUUCGCAGAAAACCAUUUAGACAAUGGCACAAAGUAUAUCAACUAGUCAUAUUAAGUGUGAGACUAAAUCAAACUUUCUUGUCUUGGGACCACAUUCAGUACAUUACAAACCAAGUGUCUGUUAUAUCUAUCGCAGGUGUAAAUGUAUUUGCGGUUAGCCUGUUCUGUUGUCCAUCUAGACUAUGGUCAUUAACUCGUUGGGGCCUUGCUAAGAGACAGCUCGUCCUCUGUGAUGCCAACCCAUCUAACCUUUCAACUCUAGCCUUUAACCUGUCCUCAUAUUGACCAUGACCUCUCCAUCUCAGUGUUGUUUUGUGCUGGUGGUUUGGUGUCGUUGCCAAAUGCUGUCUUUGAAAAUGUCAUCCUCUGGCUGAGUGCUGGUCAUAGUGUUUAAUAAGUACACAAUACUAUGAACAUAUAUGAACAUAUAGUACUUGAUAUUUGUCUGAUUUGUUGUUGUAUCACUAAAUAAAGACGCAGGUGAGAGCAGGAGAGGGGUUUGUCAACCUUAUUUGAAUUACAGUAAUAUACAGUAUAUAUUUCUUAAAUGCAGUGGUUCAUGUCUUGUAAUAGUUGAACAGUCCUUUCGUGACAUUACAGUAAUUGCAUUUGAAGAAAGGAUGGUGAACAUGCCUUAGUCGCUUGUUUUAUGUGAUAGCUACUUUGUGCUUUCUUGUCAGUUCCAUGAAGCAAAACAAACAAGUGUGAAUAUAAUGAAUUGUUACUCAAGUCUUACAGAGCCUGAUCACCUAUACAUACCUAUCUGUAUUAAAAUGUGUGACCUGCAAUGAUACUAUAAAGCCAACAAAAAUACAUUAUUUCAUUUCCAGUCACCCUAUGGGGUGAUUCAGGUUGAUCUCAUGAUGAUAUUUCAGGAAGAGACAUGUUGUUCAUGAUGUUUCUGUUUCCUGUCGAUUCUUUGCUUCUUUUACAUCAUCUUUGUUGUUCAGUGCUGUAUGAAACGUAUUGAUUUUUGACUGACUGUUGAAACCAUAAUAAACAUAUUUUUAUGAUG